AUGCUCAGUAACAGUUUUCGCACACUAAUGAGAGCCUUGGAGAGCAGAGCUUACCAGACCGCGUAUCCUCAGGCGUGGCUGAGGAUUAGCUUAGGGACCAAGGUAUAUUGGCUUGCACUGUUACCACUGAUGGCAGAGGUGAGGAAAAGUCGAUGGAAAUUAGGUAUUGGUCGCAAAAAACGUAUUCUGGUGGCCAAGAGUAGAUUGAUCGGCCAGCUUGUCCAUCCUUCAAACAGGGAAUGCCGUACCUGUUCUGCUAGCAAGAUGCUGGGCUAUUUAACGCAACGGCCCGGAGAAUUGUUAGGCCGAAGCCCCAAUCGAUGCAAUGAGGUUAAUCUUUCUGCAAUGAACCUGGGGCUUAUGCCGUGUUUGAUAGACAUGCUGGCACGUAGUUGUGUCACCAUUUAUGGAACGUGGAUUUUCAGGAUUGCCGUCGAGAUGGUCCCGAAAACAUACUCUGAAAAUGCUCAGUGCUACGAGAAACACCAUGGCUCAUGCGAUGGCCCUGGUUGUCGAGGAGCUGUCGACGCUAGCCAAUGCCACGUUGACAGACUACGGCAAAGCCAAAUUCGUUUUCGUGGAGAUCGACAUAUCGGCUUCUGGAACAGUGAUGUGAUUGUUACAAUUCAACUCCGAUUCGUUAUCGUUAAGGUUGAGUUAUCGGCUUCUGGGACAACGACGGAAUUCUCGGGUCCAAUCCAGCCCUGCGAAACACGGGCCUUGUUCAAUGCAUGCCGUUGGAGCAUGCGGCAGGAUUGGCUUGCCGUUUCAAGGAUCUCCGAUGGGAUCUGGCAGACUGAGGCAAAGUGCAUACCGGUGACCAGAAAGAGGAGAUGGAGGUAUCCGUGGCUCAUCGGUUCGCGACCAAGCAGACAGCCUCAGGUAGCCCCGAGGCCUGAAGCACAUGACCGAGAUAUAAUGCGUGACCAUCACCCUCAAGUGGGCUUGCACUGCAUGUCGUCGGAUGUGGGAGGGCAAGAGACGAUGACCAGUGAGGAGCACCGGCUGGAGUGGGCCGAUGGCAUGGGGGGUGGCCUGCUAGUCUUCACGGAGCGAAUGACGUUCGUCCACUGCUCAUCCAUCCAACAUCUUGCGGCGGGCGUCAGUAGACACUCUGCGAUACUCCUCACUGCUGCCCCAAGCCAGGCGUCGCAAGGGCAGGAAGGCGUAGUUGCGCAGCCAUCGCUGCGGCGACUCCUCGACAGCGCUCUUCGCCCCCGGCACGACCGACCUGUUACUUUCGACACCUUGAUCCCAUCCAUCAUCGUUUGGCUGCGGGAGACAAUCGAGAUAUAUCAACGCUUCCUCUGCAAUCGCCCCGCAACCCGGUACAAGUGUUCGCUUGGCGCUUCCGAGCCUCGACUCCGACGACCUGACGCUCUGGCUACCUGCGUCGUCGUCCUGCGCGCACCUCGACUGAGCAUCUGUAGCGCCAGUUACACACACAUCGACAUCACUCUACUCGCUCUACCCGCUCCUCUUUGCAUGAAGCCACCUACUGCACUCCGCGAGGCUGGUGAAGCUUCGUGGUUUGGCAAUACCGAGGGCACUUUGCGAGGAGUUUCUGCGAACAUGUUGGAAUACCCGUCCGAUCCAUACGCUUUGCUUGAGUCUGCGUUCCAGCACACACCCAAGCUUAGGUCCCACAAGAACCUCCCCCGUCGACAGAACGACCUUCGGAGUAUUUUCCCCGUGACGGAGCCUCUCCAGCUAGACACACUCAACGAGCAUGCCGGAGCGCUUUCCCCAACCAGCAGCCACCAUAAAACACCGCUCACUUCGCCAGGGCCUCUGAACGAGGCAGAUACCGGACUCCCUCCGACUCCACCCUCAAACUCACAAGAAGAAUACCCGCCAACAACCUUCAGCCCUCCGCCGCACGCAGAUGGUGUUGUGUCGUCACUGAUGUCCAAGAACUCAUCUCUCAGCACGCCGAUCAACCAGCGUAGUCCCCCGACGCCGGACCCAAGUCCACCACGAACCACUGAAUUCAUGACGCUGCCGGAGCGCCCGUCCAUGGCUGCAUACGCCUCUUCCAAAGCGGAGUCAUUCACCACCGCCCGCGAUGGACUAGAGUGGAUGACACUACCUGAACGCCCAGUCAUGGCGACGUAUUCCUCUUCGAGAGCCGAGUCUUUCACCACCGCCUGUGAAGACCAAUUGUCGUCUAACGGUGAUAACAGCCGAUCUAAUACGCCUUUAGCAAAACGAUUGAGCGCAGUCGAAGAAGAUCGCGGACUUGGAUUAGCCUUUGAGCGCGAAGACAGCGACGCCACCCCGACUAAUAAGAUUGAGAUUGCCACUAGAGCUAAUAAUGGCACGGCAUACGACCAUGAGGAGCAUGAGGACCGCGAGGACCACAAGGACCGCAAGGGCCUGGAUGGAAUUCCGAACCGCGAAUGGGAUACAAAUCUCAUGAGGAAUGUCACCGUCCGCAAAAAACGAAACCCAAACCCUAACAAGCAGAGCCCUACUGCCAUUGACCAUACCGACCCGGCGAUGGAAUCAUCUCCUCGACGAGCCUUUGGUCUCCGCGAACGUGUCGAGGCGAGCCAAGAUAGCCCAAUCACUCCAUCCAUGGAGAACUUUGCCCACUCAAUUGGUUGGCCAACCGAGGUUAAUACCAUGCUAAACGAGCACCUCCGCGAUGCUGACUCGAAGAGACUUUCCGGUUCAUCAAUCUCAUCAACCGUAGUAGAGGCUAUGGUGAUUGUAACCCCUCCGCAGCGCCAGCGAACUCUUCGUCAUUCGGGAAAGAACCUCGCCUAUACAGGAGACGGGAAUCGCUCGACGGUCUCUAGCUCAACUACCCGUUCAAACCGAAACUCACUCAAUUCGGAUGGCUCUCCGCUCCAUCGCCUGGCUCACAAGAGAGCAAGCAUUUCUGAGCGGAGAAUGAGCGGAGAAUCCGACGCGCUUUCUUCCUAUCGGAAUGUAUCCCCACUCUCCAUUCGCAAGCGAGGACAAGAAAGUGCAGCAUACACUCUCGCUCACCAAGAGUCCGUGAAGAGAGUUUUGCAACCUGCUGCGGAGAUCAUGAGCCGGUCAAACUCUGUGUCACGUCCAUCAGCAUCUAAGACCAUUUCUCACAAACGGAUCGCAUCUGCUCCAGGGCGUCCAUAUGAGUUUGGUGGACCUUCUCUUAUUGACCAGCAGACAAGCAAGGAAAACUACUUGCCAGGAGGAUCGCUAAGACCUUACGGAGUAUCCCAUUAUUCUCGUGGGCAAAGCGCUUUGAAUAAUCGUGUCGUUUCUGCGCCGAAGCCAGCAACGUCUUCCAUGGAAACUCAUACCCCAGAGGGAGUGCGAAGCCUUUCCCAAGCCUCAUCUUACCUUCUUGAAGACACAACCCGCGCAGCACCCCCGCCAUCACCCAAAUUAUCAAGAUCCCUUUUAUCAGGAUUCUCUAGCUACCUCUCUAGCAACAGGGUUUAUACCGCAUCGCCGAAAGUACAGACAAGAAGCGGAUUGUCCAAAGAAUGGAAGAAUUCACUCGAUAUCAACAAGUCGUUGCCUGAUCUUCCAACUCAGUCUUCAGCUUGUCUAUCGAUUCAGUCUGUGGGUGAGCUGUCUCCAGAAGAAAUCAAGUCGAAGGGAGCAGAUACUGAGAGGGCGACGAAGGGAGAAGAAAUGGAUGUUGAGAAGCCUGAGGGUAUCGAGAUCCAGCCCCCAAUUGCUUCGAUUGUGCUAAAAGACCAGCAUAAUCAGGAAGAGCUUGAUCUGCAUAAAGAUGGAGUAGUAUCUGAGCCUCUUCGAGAGGAGAAGGAGAUGUCUGGGGAAAUUCAGUCGCCUGUUAGGGAUAUGAUUGUUCAUGAACCUCCGCAAGAGGAAAAGAACCUGUCUGGGGAGGGUCUAGCGGAUGCCAGUCACGGGAUGGUACAUGAAUUUACACAGGAAAUGAAGGUGUCUGGAGAGAGUCUUUCAACUGUGAAGCGAGCGUCAAUUUCGAUCUGUGUGCAUUCUGACGAGAAGCGACGGAGCUCCAUCAGCCAAGAUGAUACGCUCAAUCACUCUCAUCAAGACCGCAUACUAACCGAAGAAUUGCCCCGUCAUAGUUAUGAAUGGAGCUCUCUUCAUCCUGAUGACCACCAACGGAUUAGUUUUGAUAGGUCGACGACACGAACAGAGGAACAUGCCAUGGCCAGGCAUCUGUAUAGCCAGGGUACGCCCUUUUCCCAAUUCUCAGACACUCCAGAACUCGAGGUUAGUGAAGCGACGGCGGUUAGUAUCUAUCCUCACAACAAUCACUCUCUACUUGUCGUUCAACAAGUUGCCCGAUCGAACUCGUUAUCUCAGAGCCAGAGACAAGUCACAAACGAACCCUACGUUCCCUCUUCAGACCUGGCGUCUUCGGACAUUCCCUCUUCCCCACCGGUGUCGAAUGCACAAUUCGAGAAACUCACACCACCGCCACAACCAACUGUGACAGUGGAGCCAUCUACACCCCCGAUGCAGAUAUUCCUUCCUGUUCCUGGAGCCGUAGACUCACCACUCCGAAACCCUCGCCCAGCCCCCGAACCCCCAAUCAUCCAAUUCAUCCCUCCAACCCCCGCCGAAGAACUUGAACGCCAACUCCCUCCGCCCAGUCUUCCAGGUCCACCCCAACGCUCCGACUCGCAUCCCCAACGCCGUCUCUCGCUCGUUCAGCGCGCACGCCGCUAUUCCGACAACCUGAUAUCGCCCCUCCUAGCACGCGCAUCUAGCACACGGGGCCGCCACAUUAGCCCUAGCACUUCCCACUCCCACGAAAAUCCGCGUGUCCCGACUGUGAAUGAUGAGGAUGGCAGUCUCCACCCUUUCUGGCGGCCCCGAGGAUUCUGGGAGGGGUUUGAGGAUAGCGAUUCAGAGGAUGAGGAUGAUGUGUUGCCGGCGGGCGGCGACACGAGUGAUGUCCCUGAGCAGGAUGAGGAGAUUGAGCGGGAGCGGCCGAGGACGGGGAUUAGUACGCUGGGGAGGAGGCUAACAAAUAGUUUUCGGGGGUCGAGUAGCUUUGCAACCGGUACUGGCACUGGCACGGGCACUGGCACAGGCAUCGGCACUGGCACUGCCGUCGAGCGGGCUAGAUGGGAACGCAGGGGUAGGAGGGAGGAAUGGAGGGUUGGGAAGAAAAUUGGAAGGAUGCAGAUCCAGUAUAUUGGUCUCAGUGGUGUUAAGCAACGAAUCAGAGAGCGGAAGGCGGAGAAGAGGAGACAACAGAUUAGGAAGAGCAUUGGCACUAGAUAUUAUGUUGAGGUUGCUAGGUGUUUUGAAUACCUGAGAGCAAGGCCGUUAUUUCAUCGCUUACGGCUGCGUUUCUUGACUACUAGGUGUUGUGUUCUUCAGAAAGACAAUGGGAUUGUUGAACACUUGCUGGUUCUAGGGAGAGGGACGGAGAGAUUGUUCCUGGGUUUCGAUAGCAUCUUUGAAUCGUUUCACAAAGGCAUGUCAUAUUUCUCGCGCUUGCUCACCUUCGUUCCUGUGGACUUUCGAGCCCACAGAUUGGUUGUGAGUAGCGACAUUUACUUCUAUACUUGGUCUUCGGCAUCAGUGGCUUGCGUAUCAGACUGCGAGGUUCGAGUAAGGACGAAUACCUGGAUGGAUGAAGAUGAAAUACUUCGGCAAUUUUACGACCUGGAAAAAUUCGAGACAAUGGACUUCCUCACGAAAGCUAGGGUUAAGACCGAGGAAAGCAAGGUCGACGAUGCGACGAGCAUCAUUUUUCCUUCAGCAGGUCCAAACUUUCAGUGGCAUUCUUCCGCCCCGGUGCAAGGCGACGAUGACUUCAGCUCAUUUCUACACUGCUCGUUCUCGUUAUGCUUUGCAUCCUUCGUUUUCUUUCCCGAUGGAACCUCCAGCGGAGACGACCUCAAUGCAGAACUAUUCGUGAGAUCCGUCAUCCAGCUGAAUCUGCAUAGCUCACCGCUCCCACCUAGUGAGGUUGAAGAACUUCAGCAGAAGCUCAUCGAUUUGAGUGAAUUCUCUCGUCGACUCAAUCUGUGGGUAGAUGUAUCACGUAAGCAGCCUCAAGGUGAGAGCGACAUCGCUAAACGAAACAUACCCAGCACCACCGUCCUCUCCUUCAAUUUCAGCUCCUCUCGCCACGAUCACGAGCCUUAA